AUGGCAUCCACCGUUUCAACUCGAUUUAUGAUCAUCUCCGAUACCCUUGGCUUCAAGUUUAAAAACAGAAGAAAGGCAGGCAACAAGGUGGCCGGAAACUUCAAACAUCCAUUCCCGAAUUGCGAUGUCCUCCUACAUUGCGGCAAUCUCACACGUCUUGGUCAGCCGAACGAAGUCGAACAAUGCCUCCAAAUGCUUGGAAGUAUCAAUGCCGAACUCAAGCUCGUGAUUGCAGGAAAUCAUGAACAUGUCUUGGACAAAGAGUGGUGGUCAAAGCAUAAGGAGAACACCGAUGAUCCCGACUCUCCAGCCUCCCUUGAGUAUAAAAGGGCAGUGGGUAUGAUGACAGGACCUUUGGCAAAAGAGGCUGGAGUUACAUAUCUGACAGAAGGACUCAACGCAUUCAAACUGAAAAAUGGAGCCCAAUUCACGAUUUAUUCCUCACCUUAUUCGCCCCGAUUCUUCGACUCGGCUUUUGCGUACGGUUCGGCUGAGGACAGAUUCAAUCCCGCCAAUGCAGUGGCCAAGGGAUACAGAUGCAUCGCCGAGAACCCAAUGCCCAACUUCCCAGCCCUUGAUAUUGUUAUGACACACGGCCCGCCUAGAAAAAUCCUAGACCGGAAAACGCAUGGCAAUGUUGGCUGCGGGACCUUGAUGCGAGCCAUCAGUAGAGCGAGACCACGUCUGCAUUGUUUUGGGCAUGUUGAUCAGGCUUACGGCGCUAGAUGGGUCCGAUGGGAAGAGGACUUGAACACAAUAGGACAAAAGGCGAUAGAAAUUGUCAGUAACAUGGAAAAUGCCUAUCCACAGGUGACACGCUCUCCGAUGACAUUCGGCAAAGACACAUUGAUGGUUAAUGCUGCGAUUGGGAAUGGGAGCGGCGCUCAGCCGACAAAUGCGCCAUGGUUGGUGGAUUUGGAUCUCAUAAAAGCCCCAUCAGUUUGA